AGCGCUGGAGGCGGGGCUUGUCGGAAAGCUGGUAGGGGGGCAUAGCGUUCAAUGGCACAGAGCGCGAGAGGAACCAAUUAGUGUUUAUGUACGCGGUGGUGUUAUAGAGCGGAGCGGUGUAAGAUGAAGUGUGUGUCUUUGCACCACGACUUCAGUCCUGGUGACGUCGUGUUUGCCAAAAUGAAGGGUUAUCCUUUCUGGCCUGCCCGGAUUGCUGCUGGGAAGGCUCAGAGGAAUAAGAUCCCAAUCUUCUUUUAUGGAACACACCAGACAGCUACUCUGCUUCUUAAGGACAUUGUGCAUUACUGGCCCAACAAAGAGAAAUAUGGGAAACCCAUCAAACGAGGAGGUUUUGAACAGGCCAUGUGGGAGAUUGAAAAUGACCCAGGGGUCUGCCUCAAAGGUCAAAAGAAAGCCGAUACAGUGAGGAAGGUGCAGGACAUGCGGAAGAAGGUGAGGAGUGAGGGAAAGAACACUCAGAAGAAAAAUGAGGUUGACAUGCCCCCUAAUGCUGCGACUCCGAUAAAGAAUGAUAAAACACCUGUGAAAACCAGCACCACUCCGAAUAAACUGUCCACCUCAGAGUCGCCGACCAGGAGACCGACACUGGGCCGAGCUAAAGAUGGCGGAAACAAGACCGUAACACCUUCUGAAAAAGCGACUGCUGCCACUACGAUGUCUAAAAAAGCAACAACUUCUCCUGGCCGCACAAAUCAAACUAAAAGACCGGCUCCCCCCAAAAAGGUUGUCCUGGCCAAAAAAGCCAUCGUUGCUAAGACGAUGAUUGCAGUGAAGAAGAAGGAUGCCGCCGCCAAGAAGAAGAUCCUUACAAAAGCCAAAAUGGUUAAAGCCAAAAAUACAAGUACUAAGCGGAAGAUAAACCUGCCCAGCCAAGUGGAAAAGGACGAGCCAAACCCAGAGACUUGGCUCCAAACCCCAGAGACUCAGCCCAGGAAUUCCAAAGGUUGGGUAAAAGUCACAGAUCGACAGUUAAAGAACUCUGAGAGUCGGCCCCGGAACGCCAAGGGUUGGGUAAAAGUCCCAGAUCUACAGUUAAAGAACCCUGAGAGGCAGCCCCGGAACACCAAAGGUUGGGUAAAAGUCCCAAAUCUACAGUUAAAGAACCCUGAGAAUCAGCCCCGGAACGCCAAAGGUUGGGUGAAAGUCACAAGUCCACAGUUAAAGAACUCUGAGACUCAGCCCCGGAUCUGCAAGGGUUGGGUGAAAGUCACAGAUCAACAGUUAAAGAACCCAGAGACUCUACCCCGGAGGGUCAUGGGUUGGGUGAAGGUUACAGAUUCACAGUUAAAGAACCCUAAGACUCAGCCCCAAACUCCAGAGACCAGGCCCCAGAAUUCCACGGGUUCGAUAAAGGUCACAGAUCCACAGCUACAGAACGCUGAGAUUCAGCUCCAAGCUCCAGAGACUGGGUUCCAGACCCCAGAUACUCAGCUCCAAACUGCUGAGACUCGGCCACGUAGACCAGAGAGUCAGCUACGGAAUACCAAGGCUUUAGUGAAGGUUACAGAGCCACAGCUGCAGACCCGACUCAGCACCCCAGACACUCAGCUCCUGAACCCCAAGACUUGGCUGAGGGUCACAGUGCCACGGCUCCGGAGCCCUGAGACUCUACUCCAGAGCUCUGAGACUCACCUCCGCAACCCUGAGAUUCCGCUUCGAAACCUCAAUGUCUCAGCCUUAAGUAGCAAAGUCUCAGCUACCGAACCCCAAGAUACAACUCCACUGGAACCCCAAGCGCCUGUUCCAGGUGAUCCCAAAGUUGGUGCUACAGUUGAAUCUCAAGGCACUGCUGUAACUGAAUCCCAAAAUUCUGCACCACUUGAACCCAAAGGUGCUGCUCUGAUUGAGGUGAGAAAGAGAAAACGGGAAGAAGAAGGUGAGGGAAAAGGGAAAGUACUGAGACGGAGGACAGAAGAGCAGAAGGAUAGAGGGGAAAAGGGACAGAAGGAAGAGACGGAGACGAAACAGCCAGAGGAUGAAUGGAAGGAUGGAGCGGGCCGAAGGAAGAAGAAGAAGGAGGAAAUUAUCCCAGCCAUCACUGACACUGUUUCCAGCCCUACAGCUUCGAGAAGGAAGCGACAUGAAGAGAAACUCCACCCCACAGAGCCAGAGAAACUCCACCCCUCAGAGCCAGAAAACGGAGAGACGGGAAAGCGAAAAAGGCCAGAGGCGGACGAGGGAGGACAGAGGGUGCUGAGACGAAGAACCGAAGAGCAGAAGGGAAAGAGGGAUGCAGAGGAAGAAACCAAGAAGGAGCAACCAGAGGUUGAGCAGAACAAUGGAGAGAAGGUGGGAGGAAAGGAGUACAAGAGAGAGAAGAGGAAGAGGGAGGAUGAGGGGAAGAAGAAGAAGCAGCAGAGGAACGAAGAUGCAGUUGAGAUGGUGAUGGAGAAGAAGGCAGCGGAGGAGACUGAUAAGAAGAAGCGUAAGGCGGAGGCAAGGGAGAAGAAGGAACGAGAGGAGGAGAAGAGGGAGAAGACGAAAGAGGAGGAAAUGAGGGAGAGUAAGAUGGAGGAGAAGAAGAAAGGGAAUGAGGCAAGGGAGAUGCACAGAGAGGAGGAGGAGGUGAGGGAUAAGAAAAAGAGAGAGGAGGAGGAGGAGAGGGAAAAGAGAGAGGAGGAGGAGGAGAGGGAAAAGAGAGAGGAGGAGGAGGAGAGGGAAAAGAGAGAGGAGGAGGAGGAGAGGGAAAAGAGAGAGGAGGAGGAGGAGAGGGAAAAGAAAAAGAGAGAGGAGGAGGAGGAGAGGGAAAAGAAAAAGAGAGAGGAGGCGGCGAGGGAUAAGAAAAAGAGAGAGGAGGAGGAGGAGGUGAGGGAAAAGAAAAAGAGAGAGGAGGAGGAGGCGAGGGAAAAGAAAAAGAGAGAGGAGGAGGAGGCGAGGGAAAAGAAAAAGAGAGAGGAGGAGGAGGCCAGGGAAAAGAAAAAGAGAGAGGAGGAGGAGGCCAGGGAAAAGAAAAAGAGAGAGGAGGAGGAGGCCAGGGAAAAGAAAAAGAGAGAGGAGGAGGCGAAGAUGGAGAGAGAGGAGGAGGAGGCGAGGAAGAAGAAGGAGAGGGAGGAGGAGGCGAGGAAGAAGAAGGAGAGGGAGGAGGAGGCGAAGAAGAAGAGAGAGGAGGAGGAGGCGGCGAGGGAGAAGAAGGAGAGAGAGGAGGAGGCGAGGGAGAAGAAGGAGAGAGAGGAGGAGGCGAGGAAGGAGAGAGAGGAGGAGGCGAGGAAGGAGAGAGAGGAGGAGCAGGCGAGGAAGAAGAAGGAGAGAAAGGAGGCGAGGAAGAAGGAGAGCGAGGAGGAGGAGGCAAGGAAGAAGAAGGAGAGGGAGGAGGAGGCGAGGGAGAAGAAGGAGAGAGAGGAGGAGGCGAGGAAGAAGAAGGAGAGGGAGGAGGAGGCAAAGAAUAGAGAGGAGGAGGAGGCGAGGGAGAAGAAGGAGAGAGAGGAGGCGAGGAAGGAGAGAGAGGAGGAGGAGGCGAGGAAGAAGAAGGAGAGAAAGGAAGCGAGGAAGAAGGAGAGAGAGGAGGAGGAGGCGAAGAAGGAGAGAGAGGAGGAGGAGGCGAGGAAGAAGAAGAGAGAAGAGACUGAGAAAAAGAAAGAGGAGGAGGCUAGGGAGAAGAAGAGAGAGGUGAAAGCGAGGGAGAAGAGGCAGCUGGACAACAAGCAGAGGAGCAAAGAUUCAGGAGAGGAGGAGGAAGAAGAAGAGGUGGAGUCUGCAAAACAGAAAGACUUGGAGGAUGAAAAGAAGAUGCAAAGGAGUAGAGUGUUAGCGGAGAGGAGGAUGAGUGUGUUGAAGUCUCUUCAGGGGUUGGUCACGUCCACCAGAAGCAGAACGCAGAGACAGGGCACGAACCGAGCGGAGAAGGACGACAAGAGCAACGGAGAGGACGGAAAGGAAGGGAGGGAGAGAGAGAGGAGAGGAAAGACUGAGCAGAUGGAGGAGCUGAGUAAACAUAAAGGAGAAGAGGACAGAGUGGACAAACGAAGAGCUCCUGCUCUAUCAGUCACAGACUCUCUGCUGUACAGACUGCAUGGUGAUAUCAGGAUCUCCAUGACCCUCGAAAAGCCUGAUGUGAAUAAGUGUUUGUCGGCGUUGGAUGAGUUGAGUUCGGUGUCUGUUUCCUCGCGGCACAUUCAGAACCACAGUGAGCUCAUCGACACCCUCCGCAAGAUGCGGUGGUUCCGGGGUAGUGAGGCGAUCAUGUUUAAAGCGUCAAUGCUGUACUACCGCUUUAAGAACAUUUAUCUGAUCGGAGAACCUGAGGACACACUCAGUCCCGAGUACAUCAACUCUCUGCAGGAGGAAAGAGAGAGACAGGAGGAGGAACACACACCUGAGACUGCUGCAGCGGAGGAGAACCAUACACACCCCAGCAAUCUCAUCCAGCACAGUGAUUCUGCAGCAGAGAUGAGCUGAAACACACACACACACACACACACACACACACACACACACGUACGUCUGGAGUUCUUUAUGGAUGUCCAGAUGUUAAUUGGUGCUCCGUGAUGAUCAACGAUAAGCUUAGUAUCUCUCUCUCACACACACACACACACACACACACACACACACACACUCACACUUGUAUUACACACUUCUCCUACCUGUUCUGAGAAGAUGAAAGGAACAGUUCAUGCAGAAUGCUAACCUGCUAACAGUGACCUGAUUAGCAUUAUGCACACAGAGACAUGCUAAUGAAUGACCAGCCUCCUUUCACCGUUAGCAGUGUUAGCAUGCUUGCUGGAGUUAUUCCUCUUUGAUUAUAAUAUAAUUAUAAUAAUCUGCAAUGCUGUUGUAUGUUCUGGUCUCUACACGUCCACACGUCUGCAGUGACGCACUCGAAGCCGUGCUCCGGACAGCUGGACUGCGGCUGUCUCAUUUACAGCAUUAAGGGCACUUUCGUUAAGGGGGAGCCCGUGUUUUAUGUUUUAGACUAUCAUCGUGUACCUUGUUUUAAUCUUAAAUGUGCUUUAUAUUUAAUUCUGCUGCACUGUAAAGUCACCACUACUGAGUGGACACACACACGCAUGCACACGUGCGCGCACUGUCUGGAUGUAUCCUGAGAUUACCACACUAACAUUUCAUCAGCAACAUUAACACAUUCUACUGAGCUAAAAUGAUAGAACUGUCCUGCUCUCACUUCUCUACAUCACCAGAAACAUCAGCGGACGGAUGGAGAGAGAGACAGACUGAUGGAGAGAGAGAUGGGUGGAUAGAGGACUGGCAGACAACUAAGCAAAUAGAAUGACAGGAAGACAUACAGACAGAGAUCAAAAGAUAGACAGACAGUUAAUCAAAUACAUACAGUAGAUUGAUGUACAGGUUGAUAGAUCAUUAGACAGACAGGUCUUCAGACAGACAGGUAGGUUGAUGGAUUGACAGACAGACAGGUAGCUCCUCCUGACUGAAACACACAGGACCUUCUCUGAAUUAUCUGAUGUAUCGCUUAACCGAUUAUCAGCACAGCCGGUUACCACGGAAACUGUACAGCUCAACUCACACUGCCGGUUUUUUCCUGUGAUCUCUCUCUCUCACACACAAAGCAUUUCCUGUGUAAAUGUAUGACUGUUAGUGUUGAAGUUUUAGUCUCCCUUUAUAGCAUUUAUUUUCAUCUUAUUCCUGGAGUUUUUAUUUAAUUUGAUGUAUUUUUUUUUUAUAACACGUUGUGCAUUACAGAGAGACCAAUCUGAUCUCACACACUGCACCACUACAGCGACUGCUUUUCUUUUCUUUCUCAUGUUUACCCUGCAGUGUGUUAUUAAUUACAUGUGUAACGGAUGACGCGUCCCAGCCCCAGCCUUUAUAAAGUGUAUAUUAAACAUGACUCAUAUUAAAGAUACACACCUUUUAUAAGCAUGCCGUGUUCCAAUAAUGAUUAUGGAUAUGAAUAAUGAAAUGAACUUGUGUGUGUGUGUGUGUGUGAGAGAGAGAGAGAGAGAGAGAGCGAGCAAACAAGCGGGAGUGUUCUAGGAAUGUAAAGGUGUAUUAUGUAAGAUUAAUGGUUAAGUGGGUUCUACGUUUGUUUAUAUUCACAUUUAUUUACAUUUAUUCAUUUAGCAGAGACUUUUAUCCAAAGUGACUUAGAAGUGAGGAAAUACAAGCAAAGCGAUAUAUCAAGCAGAGAACAAUACAAGCAGUGCUAUAAUUUAUUAUUAUUAUUAUUUUUAUUAAGAGGUUAAUGGGGGGUUGGCGUUUUACUGGUUGGUUAGGUGUUCAGGGACGAGGUGGGUCUUUAGCCAUUUUUUUGAAAAUAAUGACAGAUUGUGCAGACUGGAUUGAGGUUGGAAGUUCAUUCCAUCCCUUCGAGAUAGUGUGAAGGUUCUGGAAAGGGACAUGGGCCACGCUGAGUAGGCACUACUAAACGUCAGGUCAUUAAUCAAUUACAGAUUGCGUGAGGAAAGCCUUCAGGAGAGGGUUGAGGUAGGGGGGUGCUGAUCCAGACAAGGUUUUGUACGUGAGCGCACACAUGCACACUUAUUUAUACAAGUAAGAAUAUAUAUAUAUAUAUAUAUAUAUAUAUAUAUAUAUAUAUAUAUAUAUAUAUAUAUAUAUAAUUUGCACCUUUAAGACACAAAUGUCAGACUGAGAUUUAUAAACUGCUCUAAAUACACCGAUUAAUCAACUCCCACGUGUGUUUAUUCUGAAUCAUCCAUAUACACUUACACACUGCUUUAUACUCUGGAUUAAAGUGUGUUUUUAUGGGAUUUUAAGAUUGUUGUGUAAAUAGUUGUGUGUGUGUCACAGUGUAAAUCCACAUUGUUUCUGCUCAUUGUGAAUAAAACUUUUUUCUUUAC